CGGGGCUGUUCGAGAUGGCGGCGACUGUGCUCUGUGGUGUACUUCGUACCUGGAGAACUGGCGUCCCGCUGGGCUGCGGGCUACGGCGGCUGAGCCAGACCCAGGGGACCCCUGAGUACCCCAGCUUCGUGGAGUCUGUGGAUGAAUACCAUUUCGUGGAGCGCCUCUUACCCCCUGCCAGCAUCCCAAAGCCCCCAAAGCACGAACAUUAUCCCACUCCUAGUGGCUGGCAGCCCCCCAGAGACCCUGCGCCCAGCCUGCCCUACUUCGUGCGGCGCUCGAGGAUGCACAACAUCCCCGUCUACAGGGACGUCACACACGGCAACCGUCAGAUGACUGUGAUCCGCAAGGUGGAGGGAGACAUUUGGGCCCUGCAGAAGGAUGUGGAAGAUUUUCUGAGCCCGCUGCUGGGGAAGACACCUGUCACCCAGGUCAAUGAGGUGACAGGUACCCUUCGGGUCAAGGGCUACUUUGACCAGCAGCUCAAAGCCUGGCUUCUGGAGAAGGGCUUCUGAAGCCCGGCUGAGCAGCGUGCAUGACAGUGUCCCCCUCAGACUGGAGUCUUGGGGUCUCAGGAGGAGGGAGGUGACCAUGGGAGCAACUGGGACAGCAGGUAGAGACCAGGGUGGAGGGCUUCGAGUGGGACUUGCUUGUAUGAAGGAAGAAAUGGGACCGUGUGCUGGCGGAGGGCCCUCUAGAGACCCACCAGCAACAGUCAAGCUGGCGGGGGUGUUAAUUGCUCCCCCCCCCCCCCACACACACACUUUGGCCUGUUCCUGCUCUCCCUUCAUGGGAGCUCCUUGGACUCAGCCAUUCAACUUUCAGAGGUAACUGGCUACCCCUCUGGUGGAAGCAACAGCCCAACCCAGUUUGCAGGAGACGGCAGCACAGGCCAGACCCACCGGGCAUGUUCCUUCUUGGGCUCUCACACCGUCACUGCCGCACAAAUCCUGAGCCCGCUUGGUAGGGGCCACAGAACACAAGAUGACUCAGACGUGGGUCCUGAAGGUCUUCAGUUCCAAGUGCAGCACAUCAGCCCCUGGGCUCACUCCUUCCACCCCGCAGAGGUAGGAGGGCCGCCAGCACGACUCUUCCAGACUGGAGUUGGGCCUGACUGGGUUCCCAGCUCCAGCAAGCCAAGGGAUGAGCCCUAGCUGGCCUGCCCACAAGGGGGUGCUUAAGAGCUCCCGGCGGCCCAGCAAAGGGCCAUCCUUCCCAGGGUGCUGACCUGGUAUCAGGGCUGGACAGCUGGUUUGCGGGCAGGAAGAUGCUGUCCUUUGGCCUCUGCCAUCUCAUCCCACCCCAGCCUAGGAACCUCGUACUUGGGAGUCACAAGGACCAGAAGCCCGAAUUCCCACCCGAGCUCAGUAUCAAACUGGCUGUGGCAGGUUUCGAAGCCUGGCUUCCCCUACGUGCUCUGACCUAAGGACCAGGCACUUCACCUUUCUGGGGCUUUCUUCGUGUGUAAAACGGAUAUAUUUUCCUAAUAUGUUAAUAUUCGACAGUGUGCCCAAGGACAGUGUUGACUUUAAACCCUCAUUCCUGGAGGUUCCAGGUUACUGAUCUACCCCUGAGUAAAAGGAGCCCGCACAUGGAUCCCAUGGCAUCAGUUCCACCAGUCAUUAAUGCAAGUUUUUAUUUGGCUGUAUAUACAAUUUAAGCUAUUAAAAUUUGUACAAUAUUUACAAAUUAAAUAAUCAUCUGAAACUG